AUGCCAUCAGGGACAGAUAAGCCUCGAAGUCUCAGCGAACUGACGCGACUGGUGGACGAGCUGGUUCAGUCGUUAGAGGCUACCUCUUCGCGAUUCUCAAAAGAACAUCUGGUGAAGGCACUCGAAUGUAUCGAGAGCUACAAGGCCAUCGUGGGACAAAAGAAAGUGCCUGACCUCUUCACGACCGAAUUGGAGGAGAGUUUCAUAUAUUAUAAUGCAGCAUCGCGGAUUUUAACAGAGUUGAUCCCGAAUCUGGCUGACUACCUGCAAUUGAAACAAAACCCCAACCUUUACCAAUUUUAUUCAGAUCUGGUGAGCUACUUGGUUCGUCAGCGUUCCACCUACGAUGAGAUCAAGCAGACCAUCGUGGGACCUUCAGAUAGACUUUUGCUCCGUUUACAAACACUGAAAAAUGGAAGCAGCAACAGAGAUCUGAGUCCACCGAAACGAGAUUUAUCAUCAUAUUUCGAUUCCUUCAAGGAGUUUGUCACAGUAAGCCAGCUCACACAGCUGUUAGACCAGUCUCCGCAAGAUGUCUUGCUUAUAGAUUUGCGACGCAAACGUGAGUUCGAAUUUGACCAUAUUGAUCUUACCGAUAACAUCAUUCAACUAGAGCCGGUCUCGAUCAGAGACAACUACACAUGUCAAGAAAUAGAAAAAUAUUCAAUGAUCACCGACACAGACGAGGAGAGAGACAUGUUUUCCAAAAGAGGAAAGUUUGAGCUCGUUAUUCUCAUUGAUCACUCGUCAACCUCCUCUCAAAAAAGUCCGGAAUUAGCAAAAUUGCUUUCGAUCCUCGUCACAAAACACGCAGGAACAUUUCUCAAACGCCCCCCACUCAUCCUUCAAGGCGGGUUCAGAGAGUGGUCUGCAGCUAACUCGGCGAUUUCGUCCCCUCUUGAAGGGCCUAAGCCAGCUUUGGGAUUGGGGCGGAAGGAAUCAAUAAGCUCGAUAUCCAGCCAGGAAGAUAUUACAUCGAGAAAGUCGAUCCCUUAUAACGAGAAGUCAUUGAUCAAGAAUGUGGGGGAAUUUUUAUCGCAUCAAUCGCAAUCGCAGCCCAAAUCGGUUUAUGCUGAGCCUCGUAAACCUACCGCGGUUCCAUAUCAAGAAAUGUACAAUAGGAUGGAAUUGAAGUCUGUGCCAUCCAGCCAUGCUGGCUCUCCAUCACGACCACGUCCUGCACUACUGUCUCCAGCGUCGUCCCCAGGACCCAAGAGCGUGCCUCCAAAAGCCCAGCUUCCAACACUUCCAUCCACACCCACGCCUCUUCCAACGCAAUUUUCUAGAUCAAAUUCAGAGUUUCAAAAGGGUUUGGGCUUGAUGACAGGUCUUGCCAACUUGGGCAACUCCUGUUACAUGAACUCGGCACUCCAAUGUUUAGUUGGGUCGAAAAAACUGACAGAGUUUUUCGUUGUUGGAAGCUUCAAAAAACAUAUCAACGUCAACUCACGGUUAGGAUCUAAGGGAAUUCUUGCUAAUGAGUUCUCUAUUCUUCUUACAGAACUUUACAAAAAGAGCACCCCAUCUCACCCACAAUCGAUUGUUCCUCGGCAUUUCCGCAAAGUGAUUGCCUCGCUCAACAGCAUGUAUAGCAAUUUGGAACAGCAAGACGGUUCGGAGUUUCUCAACUAUAUUCUGGAUUCAUUGCACGAAGAUUUGAAUGAAAACGGGAAUCAUCCUAAACUUGCUGAGCUGACCAAGAAGGAAGAAGAACAGCGUGAACAGUUGCCGAUCAGAAUAGCAUCAACUAUUGAGUGGGAGAGAUAUUUGAAGACGAACUUCAGCAUCAUAGUUGAUAUUUUCCAAGGUCAAAUCAUGUCGCAAUUGAAAUGUCUCGAAUGUUCAACCACUUCCACCACUUACAAUGCAUUCAGUACCAUCAGUCUUCCAAUCCCAGAACAAGGAUCAAGAACCACUUUGAAAGCUUGUUUUGAUGAAUUCGUCAAGCCAGAGAUUCUGGAUAGUGACGAUUCUUGGUUCUGUCCUCAUUGCAACAAGAAACAGCGCACCAUGAAACAGCUGCGGAUUUCUAGACUACCCCAAGUGCUCAUAAUUCACCUGAAGAGAUUCAAAAUGGGUAAUUAUUUGACAAAACUCAACACCUACAUCGAUUACCCCACUGAAUUGAGUUUGGACAAGUACUGGCCAGAUGUCAAGAGCGAAAUUGAAAGACAAGAGCUUGGAAGAUUGCCGAUCAGAGGUCAAGUCCCACCUUUCAGAUACAGACUUUACGGGGUAGUGAAUCAUUAUGGAAAUUUGAUCAAUGGUCAUUAUACAUCGUUUGUUGAUAAAGGAGCUGGAAAUGGGUGGUGUCUGUUUGAUGAUGACAAGGUCUACAAAAACUCCCCAGUUUCCAAGGUUGUGAAUGGCGACGCAUACAUGCUUUUUUAUGAGAGGUUCUAA